AUGUUUGAUGUGACGGUGUACCUGGGAAAGAGAGACUUCGUGGAUCACCUGGACCACGUGGACCCAGUAGAUGGAGUGAUCCUCGUGGACCCCGAGUACCUGAAAGACAGGAAAGUCUUCGUCACACUCACCUGUGCGUUUCGGUACGGCCGUGAGGACCUGGACGUCCUGGGUCUGUCCUUCAGGAAGGAUCUCUACAUCUCCACCUUCCAGGCCUUCCCUCCAGUGCCUGAAGAGAAGAAACCCAACAGUCGGCUGCAGGAGAGGCUGCUGAAGAAACUGGGCCAGCAUGCUCACCCGUUCUACUUCACUGUGAGUCUGGGCUCUAAUAGACGCUAGUGAUCUGGACACUAAUAAACGCUAGU